AUGCUUCAAGCGAUGGAAAGUUCAGUGAAUGGUGGUGGAUUCUCUCAUUUGCAAAGCUGUGGUGGUGAUAGUAGUGAAGAAGAGCUAUCGGUGCUACCUCGCCAUACGAAAGUGGUGGUCACCGGAAACAACCGUACCAAAUCGGUGCUCGUCGGUCUUCAAGGUGUUGUUAAGAAAGCCGUUGGAUUAGGUGGAUGGCAUUGGCUGGUUCUUACAAAUGGUAUUGAAGUGAAGCUACAAAGGAAUGCUCUUAGUGUGAUUGAAGCACCAACUGGUAAUGAGGAAGAUGAUGACCUUGAAUUUGACAAUGUACCAUGGAAUGGAUCAGAUAUGGCAUCGGACGACACACACAAGUCUCACAAAUCGAGGCACAGAAUGCAUAGAUCAUUGGGAUCAUGUCACAAGACAAUGAGUAGGUCCUUCUCUGGUGAUUCACAGUCUAAGGGGUCCGUUACUAUGCCUCAUGGGUCCAUGAAAGUUGACUUGAGCAAGCUUGAAAUGGCUGCAUUGUGGAGAUAUUGGCGACAUUUUAAUCUUGUGGAUGUCGUCCCAAAUCCAUCUAGAGAGCAGCUUCUAGAUGUUGUUCAGAGACAUUUUAUGUCCCAGCAAAUACUGGACGAGUUGCAGGUGAUUAAGGGAUUUGUCAAUGCUGCGAAGAGGCUCAAGACCGUGUGCAAAUGA